AUGCAGGGAAGAAAGAAAUUUAGGACCAUUUUCCACCUGUCAAGGAAGGUGACGUCCGUCGUCCCGGAGAGCUGCCUCCUCAUCCUGCUGGGGCUGGGCCUGGGGGGCAUCGUGUUGGCUGUGGCGAAGAAAGCCGAGUACCAGCUGGAGCCCAACAUGUUCUUCCUCUUCCUUCUGCCCCCCAUUGUCCUAGACUCGGGCUACUUCAUGCCCAGCCGGCUGUUCUUCGACAACAUCGGCGCCAUCCUCACCUACGCGGUGGUGGGCACGCUCUGGAACUCCUUCACCACCGGCGCUGCGCUCUGGGGGCUGCACCGGGCUGGGCUCAUGGAUCCGGGAGUCGAAGCUGGGCUGAUGGAUUUCCUGCUCUUCGGCAGCCUCAUCUCAGCUGUGGACCCUGUGGCAGUGCUGGCCGUCUUUGAAGAGGUCCAUGUAAACGAGACCCUCUUCAUCAUUGUGUUCGGCGAGUCUCUCCUGAACGACGCUGUCACCGUGGUGCUGUACAAGGUCUUCAACUCUUUUGUGGAGCUGGGCCCAGCACACAUCCAUGCCACAGACUACGUGAAGGGGGUAGCCUCCUUCUUCCUGGUGAGCCUGGGGGGCACAGCCGUGGGGCUGCUCUUUGCUUUCCUCCUGGCCCUGAUCACGCGGUUCACCAAGCGCGUACGUAUCAUCGAGCCGCUCUUCGUCUUCCUCCUGGCCUACGUCGCGUACCUUGCUGCUGAGAUGGUCUCGCUCUCCUCCAUCCUGGCAGUCACCUUCUGUGGGAUCUGCUGCAAGAAGUACGUGGAAGCCAACAUCUCCCAGAAAUCCCGCACCACAGUCAAGUACACCAUGAAGACACUGGCCAGCAGCUCAGAGACCAUUAUCUUCAUGUUUCUGGGCAUCUCGGCUGUGGACACGUCCAAGUGGGCAUGGGACACAGCGUUGGUGCUGGGCACCCUGUUCUUUAUCCUGCUCUUCAGAGCUGUGGGUGUUGUCCUCCAGACCUGCGUGCUCAACCGCUUCCGCCUCAUCCCCCUGGACAGGAUCGACCAGGUGGUCAUGUCAUAUGGUGGCCUCCGCGGAGCUGUGGCCUUCGCCCUGGUCAUCUUGCUAGACAGGGCAAAGGUGAAAGCCAAGGAUUACUUUGUGGCAACAACCAUCGUGGUGGUGUUCUUCACUGUCAUUGUGCAGGCCUUUGACCACAUCCUGGCAGCGGUGGAGGACAUCGUGGGGCACCACGGCUACCAUUACUGGCGGGACAAGUGGGAACAGUUCGACAAGAAGUACCUGAGCCAGCUCCUGAUGCGGAAAUCUGCCUACAGGCUGCGGGACGAGAUCUGGGACGUUUACUACAAGUUAAACAUCCGUGAUGCUAUUAGCUUCGUCGAUCAGGGUGGCCACGUGCUCUCAGCCGCCAAGCUGGCGCUGCCCUCCAUGCCCAGCCGUACGUCCAUGUCGGAGUCGUCAGUCACAAACCUCCUGAGGGAGAGCGGGAGUGGCGCGUGCCUGGACCUGCAGGUGAUUGACACGGUGCGGAGCCGACGGGACAAGGAGGAUGCAGCCAUGCACCACGUGCUGCGAGGGAGCCUCUACAAGCCCCGCCGGCGGUACAAGGCCAGCUACAGCCGUCACUUCAUCUCUCCAGAUAAACAAGAGCGCCAAGAUAAAGAAAUCUUCCGGCAGAACAUGAAGAGGCGGCUGGAGACCUUCAAGUCCACAAAGCACAACGUCUGCUCCUCCAAGAGCAAGGCCAGGCUGAAGGAAAAGGGCAGGAAAAAGAAGAACAUCUCUCUGACCAACGACGCACCCAAUGGGAAGACGCACAGAAACGUCCCCUGGCAGGAGACAGCUCCUGUCCUGGUGAUGGUCAGUUCAGAGGAGGAGGAGAGCGAUAGCUCGGAGACAGAGAGAGAGGACGAUGAAGGGAUUGUAUUCAUCGCUCGAGCCACCAAUGAGGUCCUGCAGGGAAAGACAACUCCUGGCAGCCUGGAUGUCUGCCCCAGCCCCUGCAUCAUCCCACCAUCGCCCACCUUGGCAGAGAAGGAGCUACCGUGGAAAGGAGACCAGGCUGAUCUGGCUGUUUACGUCUCCUCGGAGACCACCAAAAUCGUGCCAGUGGAUAUGCAGAAGGCGUGGAACCAAAGCAUCUCCUCCUUGGAGAGCAUCGCUUCCCCCCCAGGCAUUGAGAGCGGACCUCAGCAUAGGAGAUUCGCCUGCCCUGUGCUGGAAGAGCAACCCCAGUCUGCGAGCCAGGCGAUGCCGGGGCAGAGCUCCUGCUUCCAAUUCCCCAGCCAUGUCUCUAAGGGCGGCCGGUCGCAAAGCGACAGCAGCCCGGACGGCGCUGAGCAGCAGGAGCUGCAGCCUUUGAUGGCCACAGAGGAGCAGGGCAGGAUGCUGCCCACCACGGAGCCCAGGUGGCUGAUGUUCAACAGAGCGAGUCACCUCUGA